AGUUCAGUUCAGAGUCGACAUUCGUACGGAAUGUGCGCGCUUGUAUCACUCUGCUUUUCAUAUAACUUCGCGAUCUGAUUUUCAAGCUUUCAGAGCUUUAGAACUCGGUCCAACCCCCUGUGAGCUUCAGAGGUGGUGUACCCCGACUAUAAACAAGGUAAUUCGUUUGGAAGGAUUAGCUUUUAGUGACGAUUUGGGAUUAGUGAUUGAUUUGAAAACAGUGAUAGAAAUUGUUAUUGUGCCUUAGUUAACUGUUUUGUGACUAAUACUAAAGUGGAUUUUCUUGCUAGAUUUAAUAAGGAAUGUCUUUGGCUUUCUAAAUCCUUUCCAUCGCUAACCAUGGAUUCCAUACAGCGAGUAGUUUCAGUGUUCUUAGUGUUGUGCUUUGUGAACGUAUCUGAAUGCGCGAGAUGGGCUCAUUCCGUCUACCUUAGUCCAGACUAUCGGUUGCUCUGGUCGUUAGGUCCUGGACCUCAAGAUAUCACGUUUGAAGUGCAAGUCAGGACGCUCGGGUAUGUUGGUUUUGGGUUUUCCAAGGAUGGAAGGAUGGCUGGAUCCGAUAUGGUUAUUGGGUGGGUGGAUCAUAAGCAGGUGUACUUUCAGGACCGACAUGUCAAGGACUCGCCCGGAAGUGCAAUAGACAGAGAACCGGAAGUCGAUCCCAGCCAGGACUACCAACUUCUGCUGGGAUACGAGAACAGCACUCACACUGUUUUGCGGUUCAGGAGGAGACUGGACACUUGUGACCAUCAUGAUAUCCCAAUAACGAACGACACAAUGAGGAUAAUUUGGGCGUUCCACAAGGACGAACCUCUUGGCGGAGCAGUAGGCCCAAAAUCGCUAGGUCAACACGAGAUCGGUAACAGAGGAACCCAGUCAUUGUACCUGGUUCAAAGAGCGGACCAAGAUACACCUGGACCAGAAGAAACUGCACGAGUUUGGGAGCUGAGGAAUCCCGCUAUUGAACCACCGGCUCCUGGUGAAUCCAUUUAUUGGUGUAGAAUUUUCAAAAUUCCGUCUAUCACAAGAAAGCAUCAUUUAAUUAGGUACGAACCACUUCAAGGUAUCAAUGGAGGAAAUGGGCUCCACCACGUAGUCCUCUAUGAAUGCCAAGACAACAGUAACAUUGAAAAGCUAGCAGAUACACCAGGACGCCAAUGCUAUGACAGCCAUUCCCAGCCAUUUUCGUGUAACACAGUGGUUGCCAGCUGGGCAAGGGGAUCAGAAGGAUUUAGUUUUCCACCUGAGGCCGGUUACCCUCUAGAUUCCCAAAAUUCAAGAUUCUAUCUCCUAGAAACGCACUACCAAACACCUUUGGAUGGAAGUAUGGGUGCUUUGGAUGGGUCUGGUUUAAGACUGUAUUACACGCCAGAGCUCAGAAGACACGACGCUGGAGUUAUUUCCAUAGGAAUGGACCCCAACUGGAGACACAUUAUUCCUCCCGGUCAACAGAAAGUAGUUUCAUCUGGUCACUGUGUUUCUGCAUGUACUCAGCAAGCGUUUCCUCAUGGUGGCAUCAAUAUGUUCGCGGUAGUGAUGAAGACCCACAAAAUCGGCAAGCAAGUAGCGUUGAAGCAUAUUCGUGGUGGUGUUGAACAACCUCCAAUCGCUAGUGAUGACAACUUGGACUCCGAUUACCAAGAAUACCGAAAAUUAGGUGUGCCAGUGCGUAUCUUUCCUGGAGAUCAUUUGAUUACUCAGUGUACGUAUAAUAGUUCGGGGAGGACUGCUAUUACGCUCGGUGGUUUAAACAGUCGCGAAGAAACGUGCUUAGUGAUGGGGUUGUAUUAUCCCCGACAAAAGUUCCUUGCUGCUUGUCAUAGUUUGCCUAGCUUACCUACAGUUCUUCAUUCGUUGGGGAUCCAAGAACUUAGUCCCGGAUCUAAUCCUGUAAGAAUAACAGCACCACCUGAAUUAGCAGGAAUGACCUUAGAAACACGGCUAGUGUCCUACGACUGGGACAAUCAGUUCCAAAGCUUUCAAGACGCGACGAUGAAGGGCUCCUUUAAACCUUUGUGCUGGACUUCUCAAGCGACUCUUCUACCAGACACCGACAAGGAGUCCCACUAUCCCAACAUAUCCAGACCGUAUGUAAAGAACGUGAUAGAUCAGUGCAACUACAGGAAAUACAGUACGGAAGGUUGGCCAGGUGGUACACCAUUGAUCGAACUGGAUGGUAACCACAUAGAGGGCGCGGCACGCAGCAAAGUCUCGCGAAGCAGCAGUCCCGCAGUAGAAGAAUCCCUUGGACUGAGCAGGUUCAACUCAGCACCUGCCCAUUCUGUACAUAGUGUCGUUAUAGUGCUAUCAGUAUUCCUCGUGUGGUUUAAUCGCUGAACAAACGCUGUUUUUAGGAUUUUUAAAUAUUGAUCUUCUCCUAAGACCUGAGAGACGUUUAUUGUGAAUUGUUUUUGUUUAAGUCAUGUUUUAACUAGUCCGAUCGGCCAGAGGUUUAUUAGACUGUGACCAGUGUGUUAGUUGGUUUUUAAAAUAAGUAUGAUGGUGUAAAGGUAAAGCGUUUAACGGCUGUGGUCAGGUAAGGAUGUUUACUUGGAAUAGUUAUAUGGUAAUCUGAAGAAAUGUAGUACAAGUUGUUAACCUUUGAAAUAGUACUUCAUAUCGAACAGGUUUGGCAAACUAAAUGAUUUUUAAUUACCUUCUCCAAAUGAAUGUGUCGUCAUUUGCCUUAGGUUCAUUUUGCCUUUUAUACUGUAGAAAAACUUACAAACGGUCAACUAUACGUUCAAUAGAGUAACUUUAGUCUGAUACUAGUCUAACACGGCCAGUGUUAAAGUUCUCGAUUGGAAUACAGACAAAAAGAAUAAUAAUAAUAAGUGAAUAAAAGAAACACUUGGUGUAUGAUGUUGGAUGAAGUCAAAAGAAAAUAAAUUUUCUUAUUAAAGUACCAUUUGUGUUACAUCGGUUGGCUUCAUUAUAACUAAAGAAAAUUUAUAAAAAUUGAAUUCCCUCCUCUUCUUUGAGCCCUCGUCAGAGCGUGGCGGCAUAGUGUUAUCUUGCUCAUUGGCUGCGAUGCUGCACCAGAUGGACAACUUCAUGGACGGAUUUUCCCACCAGUCUUCAUUUGAUCUGACCAUCGUAUUGGAACCUUCCUCUUGGUCUUUGGCGGUCUACAUUUCCUUCUACUAUUAACAGUUCCAUACUUACCGUUCUUCUAACUAUGUGACCAAAGUAAUUCUUUUGUAGAUCUACGUUUCGAAGGCUUAGAUCCUACUUCUAUCCAUUUAUUUGAGAGUAUUAUGUUUCAGCUGCGCAUAUAACAAUGGUAAAAAUAAGGGCAUAUUAACAAACCUGAGCUUAGUAUUCCUUGUUAUUGUUCUGUUAUAGAACAUAUGUGUAGAAUUAAAUAGUACUAAAAAUAGACUAGAAGUAAUCCCGCUAGAAGCACAGGUACAUAUAGCAUCGAAGCCAUGAUAUACAAACUCGUUCUGCUAAAAAUGCUGUUAUAUUUUUAGUUUAGCCUGCAUUAUGUACCUGUCAUUCAACUUGUGCAGAGCGUAAUUUCUAGGCGAAUUUUUUUCUGCUCUGCAGUGAGUCAAUUCCUAAUGACGUGAGUCGCAUGUGUCAAACAUGUGAGUCAAUCGUAAAUAAAAUUCUCUUUUCAAAAAACCUAUUUUUACGUAAUUUCAAGAUUCUUAGAAAUAAGAGACUCAUGAAUUGGCAAUUAAAAAUGUAGCCGGAAUGAGAAGAGGGGUGACCAUGUUCGGAUCUCAAUAACCUCAACAAGGCAAACCUUUGUUACAGUUUUGAUACCACUUUGAUACAAGAGGACUGAUAAUACCUUCUUCUUCUUUAGGUGCCAUCUCCGCUACGGAGGUUUAUCAUAUCUAUUAUCAUAGCCAUUUUAAUUUUUGAGGCAGCAUCUUUAUAUAUUUGUUUUGAGCUGGAUCCAAACCAUUCUCUCAGGUUCUUCAGCCAUUAAAUCCGUCUUUUUCCGAUGCUGCUUCUGCUAUCUAUCUUUCCUUGCAUUAUGAGUUAUAAGUCGUAGGAUGCCGUACUUCCCGCCCCGCAUCACAUGUCCGAGAUACUGUAGCUUUAUUUCUUUAAUUGUAUACUCAAAUUCUUUCUCUUUACCUAUUCUUUUCAGUACUUUAUUGUUUGUAAAUCUAUCGACCCAGGUAACCCUACUAUACAACUACUGUUAAUACCAGAUCCUCUUUAAAGUCAGCGUUUUGUACGAGACUGUAUAUAGUAGGUAAAAAAGUAUCGAAGAAUUGUAUAAUAGUCAAUGGAAGAUGUGCAUAAGCAAAUUGGCUACAAUACGACUGGUAAAGAACAGCAAGUAUCGCAGCCUUAAAAUGAAACGACUCAUUCAGAUGGCCAGCAGCGCUUUCGAUAAGAUAAAACACGUAUUAUUAUGCAAUGGAAAACUAAGAAUAAAAUCAGGACGAGAGUAUUGAGAUGUUACGUAUUCGCUGCCCUUUUAUAUGGAGUUGAAGCCUGGACAAUUACGGACACAGCUGAAAAAAAAAGACUUGCCAGCUUUGAGAUGUGCUGUUAGCGAAGAAUUUGGAAAAUAUCAUGAACACAAAACGUAACAAACACGGAAACAUAAAAAGUGAUGAAAAAAGAAAAAAAAAUACUCACACUAUGAAGGAAAGAAAAAUCAGCGACUUUGGUCAUAUAUUAAGAAAUGAAAAAUAUGAUUGACUUAUUGGUUAUAUGUCCCAGGUAUUAUAUUAUAUGUUAUAUAUCCCAGGUAUAAAUACCUGGGACAUGAAAUUACGAUUGGCAGGGAUAACCAGACUCAUGAGCUGAAGAGAAGAAUCGGUCUUGGGUGGGCAGCAUUUGGAAAACUGAGAGAAACUUUUAAAAGUGAGUUACCCACAUGUCUAAAGAGAAAGGUAUUCGAUCAGUGCGUCCUCCCAGUCUUGACGUACGGAUCAGAAACACUUACCUUAACUAAAGCCUCGGCUACCAAACUAAGAGUCACGCAGAGAAGAAUGGAGCGGUCAAUGUUAGGAAUAACUCUGCGAGACAAAAUCAGAAACGAAGAAAUCAGGAGAAGAACAAAGGUGACUGACGUCAUCGAGAGGAUAGCCAGGUUGAAGUGGAGAUGGGCAGGACACGUAGCCAGAAUGACAGAUGGGCGAUGGACGAAGAGGUUAUUGGAAUGGAGGCCAAGAGAAGACAAGAGAAGCGUCGGUCGACCGCCUACAAGAUGGACUGACGACUUAAGAAAGGUAAAUAAAAACUGGAUGAGGGCGGCGCAGGAUAGAUGGGGUUGGAAACGAGGGGAGGAGGCCUAUGUUCAGCAGUGGACUUUUGAGGCUGGAUGAUGAUGAUUGGUUAUAUGUACAAGGAAAAAUAACAGAAAAAAAGCGGUACAGGGAGACGACGCACGUCCUCGUUAAAAAAUUUAAAGCAGUGUGUAGUGGAAAAAAAACAAUGAAACUUCAGAACCGCUACAGACAGAAUAAAAUGGCCAUGAUGAUCGCCAAUGUCCUUAGAGCAUGAGACAUAUGAAGAAGAAAAAACUGUUCCGCAGAAUAAUGACUAGAAAAAAAGGUAUUACUAGCACGGGCGCCCAUAUAAAAAUUUUUAGAAGGGGGCCAGACGUGAAGAUGUUGCAGACACAUCACAUUUUGUAUACUUUGGAUAAUAAUAUAUAGUUUAAAGUUUUAAAGCAUCUGAAAAGAUAGGGAGGGCCACGCCCCCCACCCCUGCCUAUGUGUAUGGGCGCCCAUGAUUACUAGCAAUAAAGGUAACUCAGGUUAGCUGAUAUUUGCGUCAUUGUUAACAGUUGUAUUUUAACGUCUGCGCUUGGAUUGAUAAUCAAAUUCAUUAGCUUAAUUUUAUCACCCAACUUCAAGGGUAACUUCAAGGGAGUUACCCUUCACUGGGUAACGUUAUCACAGCUAAAGACAUCUCUACAUUUUAGUUGAAAUAAUUAAUUAUAAACUAUCAAAAAAUAAAAAUGUGGGCCAAGGAUGUCAUUGGAAUAUUAGUAAUAUUCAGAGUCACUUAAAUUUGGAUCCCUGUUCCCAAAAUGUAUUCUAUGUUCAUAAAAUACCGAUUUAGAUUAAAAAACAUUAUCAGUAAAAAAGUGUCACGCUUUUUCUCUAUCUGAAGGUCAUAAAAAGCGAUUUAAAAGACCAUUAACAAAAACCCCGUAGCCAUUACACAUUCAGGACAGACUACUUUUGUGAUUAGUAGACUCAAAUGGGACAUGGUUGAUUAGAUUUAAAUUUAUAGUCAUUGUUUCAUUUUUCCCCUUCAUUGAGUCUCUUGUUACUUUUUACUUAAUGGUGUGUCGUCUUUAUUAUUUACGGUAAAGGAAUCGACUGGGAACGUAAAUAAAAACAAAACAUUGGCUCUGUAGAUAACACCCAAAUAUUUAUGGGGAGCUUGUACAAGGUGUAGUUCAACUUGUAUGGAAGAUACACAAAUCACAAUAAAAAUGUUUAGAUUUGAGACUUUUUCGAACACCUCAGGACUUAAAUUCCAAUUUUAAAUAGAUAUUAUUAGAUGAGAAUUGUUAGAAUCUCACAUUUGUGCCUUUUAUCAUGCUCGAAUAAUAACAUGUGGGAGGUUAUUGAUGGCUUUGUACCUGGACCCUCAUUUCUCUGCCAGGGGGCACACUAAAGAAACUAAAUUUUCUUCAGCUAUUAUGUAUCUUGUUUUAUUCAAAUUUAUUCAUGUUAUGAGUUUAGAUUUGGAUGUUACUGAAAUUUAUGGGUUGUAUUUGGACUUAUAUAUUUUGAUUAAGUUUAUUACAACCAACGUAUCUGUUAGCCGUUUUGUCUUCAACAAAAUUACUUAUAAUAUGACAUAAAUUUUGUUUAAUUUUAUUAAUCAAUCGAAAAAAUAAAACUUGAAGCCGGAAUUAAUUUGAGUCUUAUUUGUGUCAAGACUGACACGUCUUUUCACGUGUAUAUAAAUGUUGACCAUAAUUUCUUGAUAUAGGUAUGCUAAUUUGCUUGCUUCUGCUAUUGUUUUUCUCGUCUUAUGAAUGAUUUUCGCCACGCAUGUACGCAAUUUUCUCUAGGUCUCCCUCUUUUUUUUGUAUCCUUACUUUCCAUAUUUUCUUCACCGGUAUGUUAUAUUUCGUUCUUUUUAUGUGUCUCCACCAAAUUUAUUGUUUUUCUUUAAUAUACCUACUUUAGUACCUACUGAUUUUGUCUUAAGGUCUGUCCGUAUAUCUGUUUCUUAUUCUGUCUCUCAUUGCCACUCCUCUAACUAUUCGUAAAUAUUUUAUUACUAGGGCUUUCAUCUUACUCUUUAGUUUUCUGGGUAUUAUCCAUUAGCUAAGAACUAACUUUUAUGGUUUUUAGCAACUUCCCAUCUGUACCUAUUCUUCUCUGACUAUUUUCGUUGGUGGUGUGAGUUGUCAAAGUUAUUGUCAAGAUUCUUCUAUAAAGCCAGAGUUCAAAGGUAUCCAAAACAAGGGUUCAAAAAUUGACCAUACAUAGCAAUGCAGAAAAAGACAUCUAAGGCUGAUAUUAAUGCUACUGUUACAUAAUAAUCUUUUCAUUUUGAUAAAGCCUUAUAGGGCUACCUCUAUUCUUGCUCUUUCUUCUUGUUUAUAAUCAAGUUCAUUGUUGAACCAGCAACCAAGAUAUUUAUAACUAUCGGUUUACCUACGUAUUCCAGCUGUUGGUGUUUUACAUAAAUACAUUGGAAGGGGUAAAAUUUUAAUCUCUUUUGAUAUUUUCGUAACUUUGGUUUUAGCAGUAUUGAUUUUCAUCCCCAUUUUUCCACAACUCUCAGUAAUCAUAUUUAACAGUAUGUGGAGACUACGGUCCGAAUCAGUCAUUAAAACAGUGUCAUAUGCAUCGCGGAUGUUAUUUACUUUUUGACCGUUAUCCUGAUUCCUUCUGAAGAGUGCGAGUAUUACCUCAGAGUAGACAUUAAACGGUAUCGAUGAUAGCACAUAAUCCUGUCUGAUACCUCGUUGUAUUUCAAUUGGUCUUGACGUGAUACCAUUGUUCUUUAUAGCUCAAAUUUCCAACUAAAAAUUGGAAUGAUACAAGAAUGAGCAAGACCAUUAAAUUAAAGGGAGAUUAUGUUCAACAUCUCCUGACUACUUAAGGAUUGUCUGAGCGUUCUCACUGCAUUGAUCUCUCUCCAUUGGGUGUGAGUCGACCUUAAGUUGGUCCAUUGUGUAUAUCUAAAUAUUGUCAAAAUGCAAAAUGAACCAAAUAGGUUAAAGGCUUUGGCUAGUUAUUUCUCCUUAUACAUAUUUGUAAAUUUGAUACCAUUUGUGGAUGACUCCUUUUGUCAACAAUGUCAUUUUUAAGUAAUGAAGUAGUUAAAAGUAUAUACACUGUUGUAGUUUCAAUUAUUAAAGUUAUAUAUGUGUAAAAUUUUAAAUAUUGCUUAAGACAAUCAAAAAAUACUGGACUCUUUUCUCGUACGAAGAAAAUGUAAGAUUCAUUUACUGUUCGAUUUAAAAAAUUGUUGCUGUUGGUUUGAGUAAUCAUUAUUUUUAUUUUUAACCCUAAUGUUUAAAUUAAGUUAACUGCUUUGCUGAUAACCCAAAUAAAGAAGAUGGAUUUUGCAUUUCCUUUGUAGGCACUCAAGAAAGGAACCAUGAUAUGAUUAAAGUCUUGAUAAUUUGAUAUAAGAAUAUAAAUAUCCGUAUUGUUUCUAGGUACUACAUGUCUUCAGUCACAAGUUGUUAGUAGCGUAAACUAUAUAUAAUAAAUAUUAAGUACCGAUUAAACGCUUUACCAUGUUUCAAAAAUCGUUGCGGCAAAUUUGCCGGAUUGGACAUGAAUAUACGCCGCGAAUGGUCUGUGAUGCAAGUAGAUAUAAGCACUUUUUCGAAUUUCUGUUUCUUCAACUGCUACUACACGUAGUUGCGCUACUAUUGUUAGUUCGCGUCUUGAGUUCCCUAAUCUGAUUGUUAGACUGACACAAUGAGUUUAAAAAGAGCUAUCAAAGGCUAUAGCGGAAUAAGUUGUAAAAUCUGUACUAGGUGAAUUCUUAUUUGGGAUUGGGCAUUCGAAAGUUCAUAUUUAGAAAUCCAUUUAGCCAAAAUUUGAGCUCACUAGGUGGCUCCAGUGGUUCCCAAUCGCAAAAAAUGUGUUUUCAAAAAAAAAUUCUGAGUGAUCCUUGAUGAAACACAGAUUUUUUUUCAAAUUGUUGGAUCAAAAUUGAACUCAGGAAAAAUAUUUUAAUUUUUCAAACAAUUUUUAGGAUAUUAUAGGUAAUUUUUAGCAAAUUUCCAAAUAAUUAUUUGUUUUCCGUUCAAUAGCUGAGUUAGAUUUGUCAUUUUGUUUCAUCAAUAAUGAAGGGCUUACUUACGUGCUUAAAAUUAUUUAAAAAAAUCAUCAAAAAUGCAGUUUUUGAGUAUGUUACAUCUGUCUGAAAAUGACCAAUAUGAUUAUGCUAUUACAAACAAUUGAAUAAAUAGGUUAAAAAUCAUCAUCAGUUAAUAAAAUAAUUCUAGCCAGAAUGAUCGCCAAUAUUCGAAACGAAUAUGCAUAGUAUAUGCUAAAAACAUGUAUAAAAACAACAAAAAAAAAAUAAUUCAAUAGUUUUCCAAAAAUUACCUACAUAACCUAAAAAUUCUCAAUUUUGUAAUUUUGAUACAAAAAUUUGAAAAAAAUCAGUGUUUUCGGUCAUAAAAAUGUGCUUUUUUCAAAUUUUUAAAAAAUAAUUUUUUCAAAUUUUUUAAGGCAAAGUAUCGCGCAGGAACAAAUUUUUUGAAAAAACACCUUUUUGCGGAAGAGAACUCCUGGGACCACCUAGAGAGCUAAACAUUUGGCAAAAGAAGUAUCUAAAUAUGUACUCUCCAGCGCCAAUCCCAAAUAAGAAUCCAGCCGAGUACAGAUGUUACCAUCUUAUUCCGCUAUAGCAUUUAAACAAGCAUGUUCGUUGUAGCUUGUAAUUAUUGUUUUGUAAAUAUAUUGUACUGUAACUUUAGGUGUAAUAGAAUGUUCUAUAUUACAAAAAAAAUCAAAGUAAAAGUUAUCAUAAUAUAAUAAAUAAACAUAAAUAAAAGAAAAAACUGUAUGCUGCAGAUUCUAUUCCUAGGUGUCUUUCAUUAUUUAGUCUGAUCCGUAAUAUAUCAAUGAUGAGAUACAUUUUUAUUGCAUCUUUUAUGGGUUUCCUCGAGCGGUACCGACAAACUGCGACCGUAACACUGCGAUGAAUGACGUCAGAUUACGGUGGAAAAUUCAAGGUUCUUCACUGCGGCAAUGAAAUGUGCAAACUCAGCAAGCGGUGGCUGCCAACGCAUCUUUGGAAACCACUCAUUCAUCGCAGUGUUACGGUCGCAGUUUGUCGGCGCCGCUUUCGAGGAAACCAAGGCUUUAGUUGUCUCCAUAAUUUCUUCUCUGUUUAAUAAGGCCCAUUUUAGUAGCCAAUAGCCAAUAUUAGUUGCAACUUGAAGAGUAUUGUUUUUGCCAAAACAUGCAUUGCUUGUAGUCUACAUUACGUAGCUCAUAGCCAAUCUUAAAAAAAUAUAUUUGUGGCAGAUUGACAGUUAACCUACGACCACAUAUGUGUUGACUGUUGACCGGCUGGGGAAAGAAGAGGAGACGGAUUAACGGACGUCUGUCAGAGACAUUUUAAAAACUCUGAAAAGAACUGUCAUAGUUUUCUUACUGGUUUUAGUAUGUAGUUUGUUGUAAAUAAACUAAUAAAAUAGUUUAAAGUGUGCCCCGACUACUUUGCAUCCCGCAAACCGGCCACAUUGGUGACCCCGACGUGCCAAAAUUGGACGUCACACUGUUACACCUGUGACACCUAUAGGAAUGCCAGACGAUCGAUUCGCACACAUACAUGUCGACAUUGUGGGCCCACUUCCAACAAAUCACAACUUUCGAUACCUGCUCACAAUCAUCGAUCGUUUCACGAGAUGGCCCGAGGCCAUACCUAUCUCGGAAAUUACAGCCGAAGUUGUUGCGCAGAAGCUCCUUGAGGGAUGGAUAUCUCGGUUUGGUGUGCCAGCAACCAUAACAACGGAUCGACGUAGGCAAUUUGAGAGCCACUUAUUUCGCCAGCUCAAUAGAUUGCUAAUAGGUGUACAACAUAUUUAAACCACUGCCUACCACCCACAGUCAAACGGAUGUAUUGAACGUUUCCACCGAACGCUCAAGGCUGCUCUCAUCGCCGCGGACACAGUAUCGUCGGUUGAGGCCCUCCCUCUGGUCAUGCUAAGCCUUCGAAACACUUUUAAACAGGACAUUGCGUGUACAGCCUCCGAGUUAGUGUAUGGUACCCCAAUAUGUCUCCCUGGACAGCUGCUUAUCCCUAGUGCUGCUACACCAGACGAGCAUAGUUUUGUCCAACGACUACGUCAGACCAUGGGAGCAUUGCGGCCUGUACCGACGAGCAAUCAUUCAGUCCGCACUGCCUUUGUCCAUCCGGAUCUGCAAACUACGAGUCAUGUCUUUGUGCGGACUGAUAAAGUAAAGCCUCCGCUUACACCUCACUAUACCGGCCCGUUCAGAGUGUUGGAACGAAGUGACAAGUUUCUAACUGUAGAUGUCAAAAAUGUUCCUCAGCGAAUUUCCAUGGACCGACUCAAACCAGCAUAUAUUCCAGCGGCCCAACAGGUGCAGGAAGAACAUGUAUAUGCCAACCGUCCGUCUGAUGAGUAACACAGGUCAACAUUGCCGUUCGAAACCAGUAGGUUCCUCACUGGAGGGGAGCCCUGUGGCAGAUUGACAGUUAACCUACGACCACAUAUGUGUUGACUGUUGACCGGCUGGGGAAAGAAGAGGAGACGGAUUAACGGACGUCUGUCAGAGACAUUUUAAAAACUCUGAAAAGAACUGUCAUAGUUUUCUUACUGGUUUUAGUAUGUAGUUUGUUGUAAAUAAACUAAUAAAAUAGUUUAAAGUGUGCCCCGACUACUUUGCAUCCCGCAAACCGGCCACAUAUUGUAUCUUUUAAAAGAGGUACUACAAAACAUCAGCUUUCUUUUCAUGGCAUCAGAACCAUUAAACGCUUGAUUUAUUUCAAGCGAUUUAUUUUUAGGGAGGUAUUUUCUUCAUUCCUAUUCUAGUAAAUUAAUAGAUUCAAAAUGUUCUUUGCUGCUCCUUCAGCCUGCUAAGGACCACGAAGAUUUUUUCAUUUUUCUAAUGACUGAAUUUUCCUCCUCUGCCAGUAGGUUUUCAUCAAGGAGGUGAGGAGCUGGGAUUGUGUGCUAGGAUAAGAUUCUUAGUAGAUUUCUAGCAAGAGUCACCAAUGACAACAUGGUAGAACGAAAAGUUGUAACGUGAAUACUGGAGGGAAACAGAUCUUUUUUUGCAACAUGUAUGAGGUUAAAACUUCUCCCAUGAGGUGCAAAUAUCCAAAUAUACAAAACCAUAAUAUGAUCAGCAGUCACGCAGGGAAGCAAAACAUGGACGCUAAUAAAAAAUAAUUAAAUAAAUUAUAUUAUGGCCCGUACAGAGAUAGCGCCACAAAUGAUUGGAGAUGCAGAAUGCAGAUACAACAACGAGUAGUUAUAGUCUGUCAAUUGCCUUAGAAUCCAUCAUGUUUUGGGUAUAACCAGAUGGGAAAAGAUCGGUAGAAUGGCUUAUAAAAAGGUGGAAAGAUACAGUCAGUGAUCUGUGGUAAAUGGGAGUUAUGCAGUUGGAAAUAGCGACAUAAGAUGACAAUAAUGAAAGGAAAUAGUAAACGCGCAAACACUCACGAAGAUUUGUAAACUCUAUUGAAGAUGAUGACACCAUUAUACCUGUUUAGUAAAAUAUCUCAUUAAUAGGCUAUAAAGGUUGAAAAAUAUAUAGCUACAUCUUUUAACUGUUACAAUUGAUGCUAGUUGUAUUAAAUUUUGUAAAUUGUGGUUUUUUUCCCUACUAAUUGGAUGAAAAUCCAAAACUCCUUUGGAAUUGCUGAUUGGAAAACACUCAAUAUUUUUGUCCUGUCACUACUAUUGUAUCUUUAUUUUACGCGUACAAUAGAAAGCCCUGAAACCAAAAAUUCAAAAUAUAUUAUCUGAUUAUGUUUUAUCCAAAAAAAAAAACAUACUUUAGAUUGAUUUCUUGUUAAAGAAAAUAUUAUUGUUACCAAAAAAGUCACUUUAAGUUUGUUUUUGUUUGUUGGAGCUUCUAUAUAUACGAAAAUAUAUAGCGCUUAAGAUAUUGGUGAUGAAUAUUUUAUAUUCUGCCUUGUCGUUGAUACAAGGAUUGAUUUAUAGAGCUACUCUUUAAAGCUUAGAGCCUGUACACAUGAGCGCUUAAGGCAACAGUUUACCUAUUCAACGCGCGCUUUCAUGUGUACGAUACUAUUUGUUCCUUGGUAACUUGAAAUGCGUCGGUACACACAUGCAAGCCGAGCUGUUUGCGAACGCUAUAUUCAUAUGAUGUGUAUGGCGGGACGAACCGCUUACGAGCCGUUCGUUCAUCGCUCAUCAUGAACCAUGGUGGCCUGUCGUUUUUGGGAAGAACACACGGAUAUUCACAGUUCAAUUUGGACGGCGUACGCAGCGAUAUUGUCUGUUUGUGUCGUCGAAUCGGGAUUGUGUGAAUGACAUCUUCCUAGAGAUAAGAAACGUAAGAAACACAAUAUAAUAAAUUUUUAUUUUAUAGUUGAGAAACAAAUAAUUGCUCUCUUUAUUUCCAUUUAGAAGGUGACUUUGAGAUAAAAUUACAAAUUAAAUGAAUCAUUUACAUAAACUUCGCACAAGUUGGUUCGUAGUUGGACCCUCGUCGCUUUCCACAGAUCGUGAUGAGUUCGCAGUAAAUAUAUUUUCAAUAAACUGUACGCGAGCAGUUCGCAAACCGUUCGGCUCGCAUGUGUGUACCGACCUUUAGGCAAACGCGGCUUCUAACGCGCUCAUGUGUACGGGGUCUUACCAUUGAAAUAAAAAUGGCUUAAACCUGCAUAUUAUAAACUAAUCGAUAGCUUCUUUUAACUCAUUGUGUCGAGACAUUCUCAUUGUUGGAUCCCUUUUUGUAUUUAUAUGUAAAUUCUAUCAAUUUCUAUUGUACAGGAUGCUCUUUGACGACUAGAAUAUACGACAUAUAUACGUUAUUAUUUAUUUAUUUUGUAAAUAUGUACAGCUGAUUUACCAGCAAGAUAAUUUUGAUAUGUAUAUAAUAUGAGUAUGAAUAUUCCAAAUUUUCAUCACAAUAAAUAACUUGAUAUAUACUGUCAAUAAUAAAACUACGUAUAUAAAGAAACCUAUUACCAUAUUUUAGCCAUAAAGAACAAUUAAAUUGUUUUUUUUUCUUCAUAUUGUACACUCUGAAAAAUGUUGAACAUUCAAUAACUAUAACUUUCUUCUCCUUUCUACUUUUUUUUGUUCAUGAUCAAAGUUCAGCAUUAUUUGAACUAUUAUUCCUUAUUUCUUCAGUUUUCCGAAGGUAUGAUAUGGCUAACGUUAUUUAGCCUGGCCCUAUGUGAUAUUCCCCUGUUCCACGUGUCCAUUUUGUUAGACACAAUUUAUUCAUUUACAGUCGAUGCAAUUGUCGUUGAGAAAUUGCGAGAACAAGAACUUAUCUUUGCCAUCAGUUUUUUUCUUUUCAGGGUUCGCUGUUCCAACUCUAUCCUUCGUCCUCCACAGUUUUUAUUCCUACGCUUAAGGUGACAUACCAUUGAAUCUUUGUUAAGACUUUAGUCACCCUGGCUCCUUCUUUCCUUCUUAAUCUGCCGUACAUGACUCAAGUCCUUUGAUGACUCGUCCCUUGCUUUAGCAAUGCUAUAUAACCUUUUCUUCCCUCGGGUGUUCCAACUCUUCAUACAGCUAUCUAGUCGAUCUUUCCUUAGCAGUAUCUACCUACAGCGCGAUGUGCUUUCCUCUCUGCUACCUUGUAGACCUCCUUACCUUCCCCAGUUUUAGACCUGUCCUACUCAUUUGUAGCCUCUUUCGUCUCUCUAACCUUCUGUUGAACUUUAUCAUUCCACCACCAUUUUUUUGCCCUAGGAGGUCCUCUACCAGAUGUUUUUACUUCCAAAAUAAGUAUUUUUCUAACUGUUUAACCUCGUGCACAAAAUAAUUCCACCAAAAGUCUUCAGUAUAUGUGGGUUAAGUAAAGUUUAAUAUUAUUUUCAAAGUAUAUAGUGACCAAAAAUUAUGAAAAGAAUGUAGAAUUGCUCAUUCUUCCUAAUCUACAAUGAUAACCUAAUUUUCCUUGUUUUAUAUUAAUAACCGAGGCGUCAAAAAAUGUUUGUUAAAUUGUUGUCCUCUUAAUCAUCUUCACUGGAAUGAAAAUAAGUGGUAUGUCUGCUGUUAUAAAUUAUACAGGUAGACCAUUGUUAUCAUUCUAGCUGAGUGUAUCUACGUUAAAAACAUUUUACAUAGUAGUACCAGCUAUUUGAGAGAUUACUUAGCUGGGUGCUGUUGUUUGAGGUGUGGAAUUUCAUAAACAAUGGAUCUAUCUGUUACAUGAAAUGAUCCCUUGUUUAUGUAAUUUCACACCUCGAAAAAAUAGUACCCCGCUGAGCUGAAAAUAAAUGAGUCUCUUAGAUAGCUGAUAGCUGGUACCACUAUAACUGCCAAUUUUUAUUUGAAAUGUCUUAUUUUAGCGGUCAUAGGUAAUCCUGUACGUUUGUAGUCUGACUGGUGCUAUAUAUAGUUUAUCUUUUUGUAAAUGUCUUGUAAUUAAUUUAUUAUUGUAUACAUAUUAUUUGUUGGAUAGGAAACCAAUCUUCUUGUACAGUGUAGAUAACUUGUGUAAUAUAUUUUAUAAAUAAAUCUCGAUGAAUAAAUAUCUAGCAAUAA